AUGAUUGAUAGACUAAUAUCAACAACACCUCAAGAUGACAAUAAGCUCACUCUUCCCAGUAUUUCGAGAAAGCCAAUGAAAAUGGAUUUUCGAGUAACUGAGAGAAUUCAAUCAAAUGAUGUCAAUUGCCCACCCCUCAGAGGAUCACCAACAAGUAGUCGAAAGAAAAAUUCUAUGCUAAACGAUAUUCAAAAGAGGGAUUUGGAUGCAACCAUUCAUAGGAGGCAAAUGCUCAAGUCAACCAAUUCGAAACGUCUCCUCGAUACAUUCCAGAAAACUAAGAGCAGUAGAGAAGUUCUCAAACAAGAUCCCUCAUUUCAGGAAAAGAUUUUGGAAUACGAAACUAUUCAACCCAUCGAUGAAAUUCAAGAAGCCAAACAAAAGAUCUUUUCUCAACUGGAUGACAUAAGGAAGAAAUCGAGAAAUAAUUCACCAGAAAAUUCUCAUAAUGAUCGUACUGGCGGACAGGAAGUUCCAAAUCUCAAAAUUUCAACAAUUAUCCCAACAAAUUCUAUUGGAAAUGAAACUAUUUCCACUCCAAAAUCAUCUUCCUUAACUGUUGCUCCAGACAACAUGACACCAGUGAGUAAGAAAACCAAAAAGAAGAAGCCCAGAAGAUUCGAGUCGAUGAGUAUUGAGGAAUUGACUAUUUCUGAUACGGACGAAGGUAAAAUGUAUGCCUCUGAUAUUGGAAAGGAGAGUUUCAAAGUGAUUUGUCAAGCAAGAAGAACACUCAUCAAACAGAAUAGUUACUUGCAAGAAAUGGAUGGAUAUCAAUCAAGUAUUAAGGAAAAAUUAGAAAGGAACCGAAACUUGCUGAAACCCUAUUCAAAUCAGAAUCCUUCAGAGUAA